AUGGCGUCGUCGACGUUGUUCGACCGGGAGCUGCAUGCCCAGUACUUCCUCACCAACCUGCGCUCGCUGCCAGCUCCGUACUCGUCUCAGGACUCGCAGCGCGUGGUCUUGGCCUUCUUUUGCGUCCACGGACUCGCGCUGCUCAAGCAACUCGAGCGCGUGGAUCGCCACCAACGGCGGCUUUCGAGGCGGACCCUGCAUCGGGAACGCCUCCAUCCGAACGGAUCCACGUACGACACGAGCAACGUCGCGUCCACGUUCGCGGCGCUCUGCAUCCUCCGCACACUCGGGGACGAUCUCCACCGCGUGGACAAACCCGCGAUCGUACGUGCGCUCGCGUCUCUCCAGGAUGACACCACGGGAUGCUUCUCGUCCGUGAAUGAGGGAUCGGAGCAAGACAUGCGCUUCGUCUACUGCGCCUGUGCCAUCUCCUACAUCCUGGACGACUGGUCCGGCAUUGACGUGCCGGCGAUGGUGCGCUUCAUCAACUCGUGCUUGAGUUAUGAUGGAGGCAUUGGCCUCUGUGCUGGCGCCGAGUCGCACGGGGGUGCCGUGUUCACUGCCAUUGCGUCGCUGACCUUGUCGGGGCAAUUGACGCAGCUCAAGUGCAAGCAGUCGGAGCUCGUGCAGUGGCUCGUGUUCCGACAGCAAGACUGCGGCGGGUUCCAAGGACGGCUCAACAAGGUCCCGGACUCGUGCUACGCUUUCUGGAACGGCGCGACGCUUGCGCUGCUCCAGGAGCACGCGCUCGUGGACUCGCCGAGCUGUCGGCAGUUCAUCUACGCGUGUCAAUUCUCCUUCGGGGGCCUGUGCAAGUACCCCGAGUCAGUCCCGGACGUGAUGCAUUCGUACCUCAGUCUCGCGUGGCUCAGCAUCGCAGCACACACGGACCCCGACAGGACUCGAGGUGACGAGGAAGAGGGCGAGUACCCGCCAUUGGCACCACUGGACACGAAGCUCCAAGUGCCGUUCUUCCCACCGCUACUGAGCGAGUCCACCGAGCCCGAGCCAAGACAGGAACGAACGACGACGCAGCAGCAGUAA